AUGGGCACCAAUGGAGCAAGCGGGAUGGGCGCUGGUGCACACGAUCAGACCGGCAUGAUGGGCGGCAACAAUCCCAGCCAUCCCCCGACUACCGAGUACACUCUCCAGGGUGUUAUGCGCUUUCUCCAGUCGGAAUGGCAUCGCCACGAGCGCGAGCGCAAUGCCUGGGAAAUCGAGAGGCAGGAGAUGAAACACAGGAUAGCCCAGCUUGAGGGCCAGGCACGGAGGGCAGAUGCGACUCAGCGGGCACUCAAGAAGUAUGUCGCUAUUCUUGAAAAGAAGGUCAAGGAGCAGGCCGCCUUAUUGAAGUCUGGGAAGGCCCCUGAGCCGGAGCCCAACCCUGAUCGUGCUGUUCUACUGCGGGAGAAGUUACGCCCCUCUGCAGAAAAGCUUGCUACUGGCACCUCAGAUCCUGCCUCUCUUGAAGCUGCCCUCGCAGAUGAAGAGGCCUCGCGCAAGGAGCUCAAGGAGUUCUUGGAUCAGUGUCAGGCCGAGUUUACCUACUUGAUGAUCACGCCCGCGAACCCGCCCCCCCCCAAAGGAUCUCCUCCUCUGCCGGUGCUCGAGGAUUUCCGAGAAACCGAAGGCUUCGGUCAGCAAAUCCUCGAUCCGCAGCAACAACAGCAACAGCACUAUCAGCAACAGAACAUGCAGCCGCAGCAGAACCAUAUUCGUGAGUUUGGCCAGAAUAGGGCAGCACCAAUUCCAACCAACCAGUCGCCUGCGCCGCCAGGUCCUGGCAAUUUCCAUGUCAAGCACCAAGAUCCUCAAUCUGUAUCCAUGACACGUAGUCAUUCUGAGCAUCCUUCUUCAAGUUACGGCACUACGGCUGAGUGGGCAGCCCAGAUGCAGAUGCAGGCACCUGCACCCGGGAAGCCGAUGCCGGAACCUCUCCACGAGCUGCCUAGUCAGCUCACCAAGCAUCACGGUAGGGGAGAGGAGAAAGGCCCCGCCUCUGCUACCGACAAGCGUGCCCCUGAGACGGACAGUUGGGAUUUCAACGACUCUAGCUUCCCGGAAACAGCUGCUCCACAACCCCAUCAACAAGUGUCGUCUCGUCCAGAUACGGAUGUUUUCCCUGCAGCCGACAGCAUUCCCAAGUCGCCCAGCCGCGGAUCUCUACCGCAUCGCAGGAAGAACUCGAGCUCAUCGCGCAGACGCAGUAGUGAGCACGACCUGUCCCUCCUUCCUCUCUCCUCCAAGCCAGAGAGCACUGCUUUCAAGCUCAAGUUCCAUUUGCGAGGCCACCUCGAUACGAUUCGGACUGUCAUCUUCUCCGGCGGCGGCAGUCCUGGAGAGCCCGAGAUAUGCACGGGCGGCGACGAUGGCAUGAUCAAACGCUUCCAUAUCCCAGAUCGGCAUGGCAGCCACAUGGGAUCGGGAAGCUCAGAUUUCGACGUUACUGCCGACUUCACUCACCGCGGUCACACAGGUUCUGUGCUCUCUCUAGCUGCCUGGUCGCCAUCUCCCAACUUUUUGACAGGAGGUCGCGCGCAGGGUGAUGGCUGGAUCUUCUCCGGAGGCCAGGAUGCCACAAUUCGGGUCUGGGAACGCGGUCGUGUCGAUCCUAAGGCUACCAUCGACGGCCACACAGACGCGGUCUGGGCGCUUUGCAUCCUUCCUACGACCCUUGGUGCCAUUUUCGGCCAAUCCAGCACUUACGGCCCACCGGAUCGCAUCCUGCUUGUGUCUGGCGCAGCGGAUGGUACAGUGAAGGUCUGGGCCGUGACUGCUCCUCCCCAACUUACUUCGCCACAGCCGUCUACAGGGCGUCGGCCGGGAGGUCGCACUCGGGGCAAUUCUAUGAGUUCUGGCUCUGCCUUUCCGAGCUCUCCUCAGCCUACGACGGCGUCGACUACACCGUUCCAUUAUACACUCAUUCACACUAUCUUACGCCAGAACUCAACAGCAAGUCCCACAUGCAUCACCCCACUGAGCCCGAAUGGCGAGACAUUUGUUGUCAGCUACACCGAUGCUGCCAUCAUUGUCUACGACACACGCACGGGGGAGGAGAUUGGCAACAUGGCAAGCUUGGAGACGUACGACGGUUCCAUGGGUACAAGCGUGAAUGCAGUCGUCGCUACCACAGUUGGGCUUGACCAAACGCCACAUCAGGGCAUGAGUGAAGAGGACAGUGCAGGUGGCGGGCCGACAGGGAGCAGCCGUGCCAUGGCUGGAUCCGGGGUCGAGGGAGUCAUCAUUUCGGGCCAUGAGGACUACUAUAUCAGGUUUUUCGACGCUAAUAGCGGCCAAUGCACCUACAAUAUGGUCGCGCAUCCUGCGGCCAUUUCGAGUCUCUCACUAAGCCCCGACGGUCGUGAGCUCGUCAGCGCCGGCCAUGACGCCUCACUGAGGUUCUGGUCACUCGAGAAGCGGUCCUGCAUCCAGGAAAUCACCAGCCAUCGCGUCAUGCGCGGCGAAGGCAUCUGCACCGUUGUCUGGAGUCAGGAUGGCCGGUGGGUGGUAAGCGGCGGUGGCGAUGGGGUGGUCAAGGUAUUUGCGCGGUAG